AGGAGCACUGGUAGGGGGUUUUCAUUGCGCGUGCGCACGAACGCUGUUUCUCUUUCUCUAAAAUCCAACAUGUCGAAGAGAGGACGUGGAGGUACGUCCGGUGGGAAAUUCCGCAUCGCCCUAGGUCUGCCAGUUGGUGCAGUAAUCAACUGUGCUGACAACACUGGUGGCAAAAAUCUCUACAUCAUUGCCGUUAAGGGUAUCAAAGGACGUCUGAACCGUCUGCCUGCAGCAGCCUCCGGUGACAUGGUCUUAGCCACAGUAAAGAAAGGAAAGCCAGAGCUCCGUAAAAAGGUGAUGCCAGCUGUGGUUAUCCGGCAACGGAAAGCUUACCGAAGAAAGAAUGGGGUAUUCUUAUAUUUUGAAGAUAAUGCUGGGGUGAUAGUAAAUGUCAAAGGAGAAAUGAAAGGUUCUGCCAUCACUGGCCCUGUAGCUAAGGAGUGUGCCGAUCUGUGGCCGAGGAUUGCCUCAAACGCUGGCAGCAUUCAGUGAUGUAACGCUGUACAGACCCCUCAAUAAAAGACAUUCAAUACUA